AUGGAUAUCGGAGUCUACCUGAACACUAUCCUUCACGAUGUUCCAAGUUUUUCUCUGAACACGGAUAUCUCACCGCCAUGGAUCCAGAAUAUUUCCGUGUUAAUCCUUUGUAUGCAAUGGUUCUCACAACUUCUUUUUUUCUCGAUUGUAAAUGGCUCUUGCUUGAUGCGGCCGCGAAAACAAACAGUUCUGAGCACGUUCAACCAGCAGCAGUACGAAAUUCUUGGAGAAUAUCAUUUACGUUUGCUGCUUGGAUGA